AUGGAGGAAGGAAUAAAUGCAAGAUGGCUCCUCAUAUAAAACCAGCCUCUUGGCUUCUCUUUUGUGAUCAACAAAAUUAUUUUUUCCUACUUAUAAGGUUAAAAUAUCUGUCUGGACGCAGCUCUGAAGGUUAAAUUUAGCUACAAGGCGAUCUAAAUAUUAGUUUGGUUGACUUCAUGUAGAUGAAAUUUGUAGGGGAAAGAACGCCUCAAUUUGAAGCCAUGAAUUGAGGCAACCAACUCGACUGUCUUGUUUCAGAUGGUGCGUGAUACAUCAGGGCCUUGCCUUUAGGACUUGCUACCGAGCUUCGGACACAUUUGAUCAAACAUCGAGCUAUCUUAAAACUCCACGAAAUUCAUGUUGCCUGUUUACAUAUGCCCGGACUCUUUGAAACCACAAAUCAAGCUGUAAUUAAUCGCCAUGGCCGUAUCAAGGCUUGAACGUCUGUUCAUUUUGUUAGACACUGGCACAACGCCAGUAACCAGGAAAGCUGCCGCCCAGCAACUGGGUGAUGUGGUUAGACUUCAUCCUCAUGAGCUGAACAAUCUGUUAGCCAAGGUUUUGACAUAUCUCAGGAGUCCAAAUUGGGACACAAGAAUUGCAGCGGGCCAGGCUGUGGAGGCAAUAGUGAAAAAUAUUCCUGAAUGGAACCCUCCGCCUAGGCCUAAAGAUGAGAGUGGUGAGGAGGUGACCAGGGAGGACUCUCCGUCCGAUCGCCUCAGCUUCUACAGGUUCGACAUCUCCCGCCUGCUGCGCCAUGGGGCCUCACUGCUGGGGUCCGCAGGCGCAGAGUUUGACGUCCAGGAAGACGAGUCCGGUGAAGUGGACCCGAAGGAGCGACUGGCUCGGCAGAGGAAGCGGCUCCAGAAGAAGCUGGGCCUGGACAUGGGCGCGGCCAUUGGCAUGGACACCGAGGAGCUGUUCAACGACGAGGACCUGGACUACAGCUGUCCUCCGGCCUCCGGCACCAUCACCCCCACCGGCACCGGCGCACACACACCCACCUCCGUCUGCAACAGAGCCCCCGGGGCAAAGGGGCCCUCCUGGCCACCCUCACGCAACCAUGUGCCUAUGCAGGCAGCUGAGUUGAUUGACUCCGAGUUCCGACCAGGCAUGAGCAAUCGACAAAAAAACAAGGCCAAAAGAAUGGCAAAGCUGGUGGCCAAGCAGAGGUCAAGAGACAUGGACCCCAACGAAAAAAGCAACGACAGCUGUGAAGGUGAGCCAGAGGAGAAGCGACGGAAAACGACCAACGUCGUCAUCGAGCAGCCGGCAACAGACAGUAAAGUGUUAAUCGACAACGUUCCAGAUAACUCCAGUCUGUUUGAAGAGACGCAAGAGUGGCCCCUUGAGAGUUUCUGUGAGGAGUUAUGCAACGACCUUUUUAACCCAUCCUGGGAGGUCCGCCACGGAGCCGGCACGGGCCUCAGGGAAGUGCUCAAGUGUCACAGCGCAGGAGGGGGCAAGCUUGUGGGCAGCACAGCGGAACAGAUGUCACGGCAACACCAGGAGUGGCUAGAGGACGUGGUCAUCCGCCUGCUCUGUGUCUUCGCCCUGGACCGCUUCGGAGACUUUGUGUCAGACGAGGUGGUGGCUCCUGUGAGGGAGACUUGUGCCCAAACGUUAGGUGUGGCUCUGCGACACAUGACCGACAAGGGCGUUGCCAUGACUGUGGAUAUCCUCCUAAAGCUGCUGACCGAACACCAGUGGGAGGUUAGACAUGGGGGCUUGUUAGGAAUCAAAUAUGCCCUCGCCGUACGACAGGACCUGAUCUCAGACCUGCUGCCCAGAGUGCUCCCAGCCAUCACUGAGGGCCUGCAGGACCUGGACGAUGACGUGCGUGCGGUGGCUGCCGCGGCCCUCAUCCCUGUGGUGGAUGGGUUGGUGCAGCUGCAGCUCCCCAAGGUCCCCUUCAUUGUGAACAUCCUGUGGGACGCCCUCCUGGAACUGGAUGACCUCACAGCCUCCACCAACAGCAUCAUGACCCUGCUGUCCUCCCUGCUGACCUACCCACAAGUCCGGCAGUGCAACAUGCAACAGUCUCUGACGGUCCUUGUGCCUCGUGUUUGGCCAUUCCUGCGGCAUACCAUCUCAUCGGUUCGCAAAGCAGCGCUGGAGACACUCUUCACAUUACUGUCCAAAGCUGAUCAGAACUGUGCAGUGUGGCUGAACCCCAUCCUACAGGACAUGCUGAGGCACAUCUUUCAGUCCUGCAUCCUGGAGAGCAACCAGGAGAUCAUGGACCUCAUUCAGAAGGUUUGGGCGGAACUGUUAAAGCAGGCCCUUCCCCAGUAUGUGGUGGCGGCCAGCUGUCCAUGGAUGGGCGCAUGGCUAUGCCUGAUGAUGCAGGCAUCCCACAUCCCCAUUGACCUCAACAUGCUGCUGGAGGUCAAAGCGCGCUCAAAGGAGAAGUCCUGUGGCAAGCCCCGGCAGUGCGUGCCCGGCCAGGUGAAGGAGACUGUGCAGGAGUACAUUGCCGGGGCCGAGACGGUGACCGAAGACCCCGCCACACGAGACUACGUGGUGAUGCGAGCCCGUCUCAUGUCUGCCAAACUGUUGGGGGCGCUGUGCCGUUGCAUCUGUGACCCGCGGAUCAACAGCGGGCCGCAGGAGAUCCGUCCAGCCGAGUCUUUGGCCCAGCUGCUGCUCUUCCACCUCAACUCCAAGUCCGCACUGCAGCGCAUUGCUGUGUCCAUGGUGCUGUGCGAGUGGGCUGCUGAUCAGAAGGAGAGUGAGCUGGUGUCCGGUUUGGUCCAGCCACGGCUGUUGGCCAUCCUGUCGGAGCAGCUGUACUAUGAUGAGAUCGCCAUCCCCUUUACGCGCAUGCAGACCGAAUGCAAGCAGCUCAUCGCACUCCUCGCCGACGCCCAGCUGCACGUACAAGAGCGCUUCAACUGCAGCGUGCUCACCAUCGACCAGGCCAAUGAGCUGGUGACCACGGUGUUCUCGGAGGCGACUGCGGGCAUGGUGGCGGCACGCUCCGUGCUGUGGCCGGCGCUGGAUGCCAAGCACCAGCAGGCGGCGUCGGCGGUGGCGGAGGCGGGCGGCGAGUGGCAGCGGCUGCAGCUGCGCGUGCACACCUUCUGCGCCUGCGCCGCCGUGGGCCUGGGCGAGCUGCCCGAGCGCCUCAACCCGCUGGUGCGCCCGCUCAUGGAGGCGGCCCGCCGCGAGGAGAACACGCUCGUGCAGGGUCACGCUGCAACCGCCAUUGCCCGGCUGCUGCAGAGGUGUGCUGGCCGCACGCCCUGCCCCAAUUCCAAGGUGCUGCGCAACCUAUGCUCCUCCCUCUGUGUGGACCCCCUGCUCACGCCCAACGCCUCCUGCCCCGUCCCCCCAUCUCCAGCACCCAACGCCGGCCAGGAGGGAGGGAAAGGCAGUGCCACUGACAAGGAUGGUGCUCAUCAUAUGGUGAAUACGACCAAAGGCAUCAUCACACUCUACCUGCACCAGAAGGCCGCUUUUGCAGUCACCAGCAAGAGGGGCCCCGCACCCAAACCCCCCAAGAACCUCUCCGGAGACUCCGCCCCAAACAACACCGUCGCCAUGGACUCCGAUGAAAGUAAGAAGCCGUGCCUCAUCCAGCGAAGAGGGGCCGAGUUCUCCCUGACGACUGUGGCUAAGCACUUUGGGGCAGAGUUGACUGUGACGCUGCCGUUCCUGUGGGAGUUCAUGACCGGCCCCCUGAAGGCUGUGGUGCAGGGCAGAGAGGGCCUGGAUGUAGCGUCAUUGCUGGAGAAGGGAGACAUGGUAGCCCAGGAGCUUGUGACCUCUCUCCAGGUGCUGGAGGUGGUGGCCGGGGCCGUUGCUCCCCAGCUCAUCCCACUGCUCCUGGAGCAGCUGGACCACCUGUGCGUGUGUCUGCAGCAUCCCUACACGGCUGUGCGUCACAUGGCGGCGCGCUGCGUGGGCGUGCUCAGCAAGAUCGCCACCAUGGAGACCAUGAACGUCUUCCUUGAGCGCGUGCUGCCCUGGCUGGGCGCCAUCGAGAACAGCACCAAGCAGGAGGGAGCCAUCGAGGCGCUGGCCUGCUUGAUGGAGCAGCUCGACGUGGACAUUGUGCCCUACAUCGUGCUGCUGGUGGUGCCUGUGCUGGGCCGCAUGAGUGACCCCAGCGACAGCGUGCGCUUCAUGGCCACACAGUGCUUCGCCACGCUCAUCAGACUACUGCCACUGGAGGCUGGGAUCCCAGACCCCCCAACCAUGUCUGAUGACCUGAUUCGCCAGAAGGCCAGGGAGAGGCACUUCCUGGAGCAGUUGCUGGACGGCAGGAAGCUGGAGAACUAUAAGAUCCCAGUACCCAUCAAGGCAGAGCUGAGGAAGUACCAGCAGGAUGGAGUAAACUGGCUGUCCUUCCUGAACAAGUACAAGCUGCACGGCAUCUUGUGUGAUGACAUGGGUCUCGGGAAGACCCUCCAGUCAAUCUGCAUUCUGUCUGGAGACCACUACCUCAGGGCGCAGGAGUAUGCCAAGACUAAGGCUGCUGACUGUGCCCCGAUGCCAUCGCUGGUGGUGUGCCCCCCGACGCUGACUGGCCACUGGGUGGACGAGGUGGGCAAGUUCUGCACUAGAGAGUAUCUGAACCCACUGCACUACACUGGACCUCCUACAGAGAGAGCUCGGUUACAGCAUCAGGUGAAGAAGCACAACCUCAUAGUAGCUUCUUAUGAUGUCGUGAGGAAUGACAUCGAUUUUUUUAGGAAUAUAAAGUUUAAUUAUUGUAUCCUCGAUGAGGGCCAUGUUAUUAAGAAUGGAAAGACCAAGCUUUCCAAGGCCAUCAAGCAGAUAGCUGCCAACUUCCGUGUCAUCCUGUCGGGAACGCCCAUCCAGAACAACGUUCUGGAGCUUUGGUCGCUCUUCGACUUCCUUAUGCCCGGUUUCCUGGGCACAGAGCGCCAGUUUGCUGCCCGCUACGGAAAGCCCAUCCUGGCCAGCCGAGACGCCAAAAGCUCGUCUCGGGAGCAGGAGGCAGGGGUACUGGCCAUGGAGGCUUUGCAUCGGCAGGUGCUGCCCUUCCUCCUGAGGAGGAUGAAGGAGGACGUGCUGCAAGACCUCCCGCCCAAGAUCAUCCAGGACUACUACUGCAACCUCAGCCCCCUACAGAUCCAGCUGUACGAGGACUUUGCCAAGUCCAGGGCUAAGGUGAGCGUGGACGACACCAUCUCCACCGGCUCGGUGCACGAGGAGGAGGACAAGCCCAAGCUGAAGGCCACGGGACACGUCUUCCAGGCGCUGCAGUACCUGCGUAAGCUGUGUAACCACCCGGCGCUGGUCCUGACGCCGCAGCACCCUGAGCACAAGCGCAUCAGCGAGCAGCUGGCCUUCCAGAGCUCCAGCCUCCGCGACAUCCAGCACGCGCCCAAACUCUCCGCCCUCAAACAGCUGCUGGUGGACUGUGGUCUGGGCGGAGCAGGUGGAGCGGAGGGGGCCACUGAGGCGGUGGUGGCGCAGCACCGCGUGCUCAUCUUCUGCCAGCUGAAGAGCAUGCUGGACAUCGUGGAGCAGGACCUGCUCAAGCCACAGCUGCCCAACGUCACCUACAUGCGGCUGGACGGCAGUGUGCCCGCCGGACAGCGCCACUCCAUCGUCUCCAGGUUCAACAACGAUCCGUCCAUAGACGUGCUGCUGCUCACCACUCACGUGGGCGGCCUGGGAUUGAACUUGACCGGUGCCGACACGGUGGUGUUUGUUGAGCACGACUGGAACCCCAUGAGGGACCUGCAGGCCAUGGACCGCGCCCACAGGAUAGGACAGAAACGUGUGGUGAACGUGUAUCGGCUGAUAACGAGAGGCACGCUGGAAGAGAAGAUUAUGGGCCUGCAGAAGUUCAAGAUGAGCAUCGCCAACACGGUCAUCAGCCAGGAGAACGCCAGUCUCCAGAGCAUGGGCACAGACCAGCUCCUCAACCUCUUCACUCUAGACAAGGACGAGAAGGCCGAGAGGAGCGAGCCGUCGUCUUCUAGCUCGGAGAAGGCAUCCAUGAAGGCUGUGCUGGACGGCCUGGGAGACCUGUGGGACCAGCAGCAGUAUGACACCGAGUACAACCUGGACAGCUUCAUGCACUCGCUUCAGUAACCCGAGCCCCAUCCCCACUGCGGACAGUGUUACAACCUUACCCCCUACCCUCCAACAGUCAACAUGGCUUCAUGUACUCUCCUGGGUGUGUGUGUGUGUGUGUUUGUAUGCGUGCAUGUUUGUAUGUGUGGAACAAUUUAAGAUUACACACCCUUCCUUCCCUACCUCUCCAAACAGUUCUGAAAACACACACACACUCCACAGACUGGGUGGAGGAAGCAUGAGUAGGUUUUCUAAAUUAGGAAAGAAUUGCCUUGAAUCACUGACUUCCAGUUCACAGACAAAGCACACAGUAGCCUGAUAGGCCCACUUUUUGGGCUGUAGAUUUGGGUGUAACGCGCUUGAUAAGUUGGACAUUGGACAUGUGUGUACUGUGUACUGAAGGCACGUUAUUGGAGUUGACUGGAAGGGGUGAGUGGAGACACCCGGCUAAAAUGACCUUGAGACCACAAGGUGGCGCCCUAUCAGGAGACUCUGUAUGCAGUCCCCCCUUACCAGGACUGGUCACUUACCCACCCUGGGUCACUGUUGGUUUUUUUAAUUGCUGCUCUGUGUGCUCCAAUGAAAGACUUUAUGCCCAGACAUCCACUGCAUGGCUGCAAAGGGACUUCUUCUCGCCCAGUCGCAAGCCUCCUGUAAAAUUGCACUGCGGAGGGCUUCCAGGACAC